AUGGCGGAGGUGGUUGGCAAGCUGGAUAAGGUUUUGAAGGAAUUGGAGAAUGAGAAAGACACCCGCCAGGUGCAAAUGAAGGAGCUGGCAAGUAGACAAGACACCAUCCGGAACAGCUUUCUUGAUGGAACACGUGAAAUUCGCGAGAUUGAGGACAACCAGACGAGGCAUGUCAGCGAGAUUGAAGUGUCCGUGCAAACCCUCUCUGAGCGCAUUGAGCAGGAAGUGAAGUCGUUACGCGUGGGCAUCCACGAGAUGCGCCAGGAGCUUCAUGCGGAAAUUUCCUCGCGUGAAGACAGCUGUAGCGUGAUUCGAAGCACUCUGGAUACGGAGAGAAAGACCCGUGUGGAGGUGACUGACAAGAAUUUUCAGCUUCAUGAAGAUCUGGAGAUCCGCAUGGAGAGGGCCCUCCGUGCCAUGCUGCAUGACGAGCGCGUGACCCGAGAGGAUGCCUUCACUCUUCUGGAUCAAAGGAUGAGCAGCUUGACACAGGAGCUGAACUUCGAAAAGGCGAAGAUCGCGGCACAAGGCCGCGAUUUGUCUCAAAGCAUCACCCAGCUCAAGGAUGCAAUCUUAUCCGAGAGCAAUGCCAGACGUGACGAGUUGGACGCUGCUUUGAAGAGCUUCGAGCAAGUCGUGGGUGAAGUACAAAAAGGAUCAGAUCGCAGCACUGAAGAACAGCUGCUGCUGUCCGUCUCUUCCUUGCAGGCUUCCCUGAAAGAAGAGGCUUCGACACGUGAGCUGGGGCUGCAGAUUUGUCAUGAUGAGCUCACAGAGGCACGCUCGCUGCUCUCCAAGGAGGCGGCCUGCAGGGAGGAGAUGGAGGCGAAGCUCCUCCGUCGCUUGGAUGAAGAGAGGUCGACCGUGGAGGAGUCCUUGCUGAAGCUGCAAACCGCCGCCACAACUGCAGAGGUCUCCGGCUUGACAUUGCCGAAAGUCCGUGCAAUGAUCGACGAAGAAUGCCAAGGUCGCCAACAGGGCUUGCAGCAGCUUGAGGCCUUGCUCCAGAAGAAUGAGGGCUUCCUCGCUGAGGAACGGUCCUGCGGCUGA